UCCAAGAUGCAGCACACCUCCGUGGUCCUGCUAUGUCUGCUGCUUCUAACAUCGGGGCCCCAGGACAGCUUCAGCAAUAGUUUGGUUGAUUCGAAGCCCACCUGCUGCUUUGCCUUCCUGAAGAGGAGCCUUCCACACCAUCUCAUCAAAGGCCAUGAUAUCACUAGCCGUUCCUGCUCCUACAAAGCUGUAAUGUUUACUCUGAAGAAGGGCAAAAUAUACUGUGCACAUCUUGCAGACAGAUGGGUUCAGGAUUACUUGACUAAAAUGAAUAAAAUUUGAAGGCCACCUCUAACCAGAAGACGAUCCUGAUUCCACUGGUUGCAAUCGUACUCCUCCUUCCUUUGUAUAUAUUGUAUAUUUAAUUGUCUGUCUAUGUUGUGUCUCUAGUUAGAAUGUAAGCUCCUUGAGGAGAGAAAAGGCUUCCCCUCCCCAUACCUUUUUUGUCUUGUAUCUUCAGGACCAAUCACGUUGUCUGGCACAUAGCAGGGAAUUGACAAGUGUUCGUUGAAUUGAAUUGAAAGUGGAUUUCCAACAAAGAAUGAAGGCAACCUGGGCAGCCUAGAGCCCUGUUUAUCCACUAUUCCCUUACUGACAAUUUUGCCAGGCUCUGAAGCUCGA